AAGAAUAUAAAGUGACAGUCACAAUAACAGACAAUACUACUCCAUUAACAGAGCCAGGGAGAUGGCAUGGCAAAAAAAUGCAGACUGAUAAAAUGCACGAGCUGAGGACACUGUGGAACCAGGAGGUGGGUUCUGUGGGUCUCCAGCAGGCGUCUCUGCUUCGUGUUCUGCUUCGUUUCCAGAUGAAGCGUCUCCUCGCCAUCGUCUUCUUUGCCACACUCUUCAUGCUGUUCCUCUUCUUCAGCUCCGGAGUCCUGGUCUACCACAUUGUCCUGUACAUCAUGCAUCCGGACUUGUCCUCGGUGGGGGGCGGACUGGGUCUGUGUCUGGUCUUCUUCCUGGCUCUGGUUCUGAAGAUCGUGUGUUUUUCGGUGAUGUGGACCAUCAACAUUAGGACUGCCAUCAGGAUGAGGACCGGGUUCUGCAUGAUGGGCUUCCACAAGAUCCUGUCUCUGAGGACGCACGCCGGAGUCUCUGUGGGACAGAUGGUGAAUGUGUUGACCACUGACAGUCAGAAGAUGUAUGAAGGUUUCUUAUUGGCUCCCAUGAUGCUUCCAUUCCCUCUGCUGCUGCUUGGUUGUGCCAUCUACUCCUGCCACAUCCUAAACUACACCACGCUGAUAGGCUUCGCCAUCCUAUUCAUCGUCAUCCUUGCCCAGCUCGCUGCUGCCAAGAUCAUCAACAAGUUCCAGAAAAAGACGGUGGAGAACACAGACAGCCGAGUCAGAACCAUCAGUGAAAUCCUAACAUGCAUCAAACUCAUCAAGAUGUUUGUUUGGGAGUCGUCCUUCUACAGCAGAGUCACAGACAUCAGGGGUCUGGAGAGGAGGAUGCUGGAGAAAGCUGCUCUGAUCCAGAACCUCAGCGUGACUCUGAGCCCACUGGUCCCCAUCAUGGCCGUCAUAGUCACCUUCAUCGCCCACACGGCGCUCGGCCUCCCGCUCACAGCCAGCACGGCGUUCCCGGUCAUCACCCUCUUUAACUGUGUCAGGUUCAUUCUGUCCUGGUUGGCCCCGACCAUCAACUUUGUGUCUGAAGCCGUCGUGUCUGUAAAUCGCCUGAAGACGUUGCUGCUGACAGAGAAUCCAGAGUCGUACAUCAUCCAGAACUCAGACAUGAAGUCAGCCACCGUCGUCAUGGAGAAGGCCACUCUGUCCUGGAACAGACCGCUCCACCAGGAGACGGAGGACGGGGACGACCUGGUGUCCAAAACCAGAGCCAGCGAGGGGACGCCGGUCCUGAGGGACAUCUCCUUCACCCUGCACAAGGGCCGACUGCUGGGAGUGUGUGGGAAUGUUGGCAGCGGGAAGACGUCAGUGAUCUGUAGUCUGUUAGAACAGAUGCACCUGCAGAAGGGCUCGGUCCAGGUGUCCGGUUCGAUAGCGUAUGCUGCUCAGCAGGCCUGGAUCUUCUACGGGACGGUCCAGGACAACAUCCUGAUGGGGGCACCGCUGGACCUCUGCAGGUACAACAGAGUGCUCCGGUCCUGCUGUCUGGACGUUGACAUGGACUUGCUGCCUUUCGGAGAUCAGACUUUGCUAGGGGAGCAGGGCGUGAACCUGUCAGGGGGACAGAGGCAGCGGAUCAGUCUGGCCCGGGCCGUCUACUCCGACAGAGACCUGUACCUGCUGGACGACCCCCUGUCCGCCGUUGACGUCCACGUGGGCAAACACAUCUUCGAGGAGUGCAUCAAGAAGGAGCUGAGGGGGAAGUCGGUCAUCCUGGUGACUCACCAGCUGCAGUACCUGGAGUACUGUGAUGAGGUCCUGGUCCUGAAGGACGGGGCGGUCCUGGAAGCAGGACCUCACCAGGACCUGAUGCAGGCCGGUCGUCACUACACAGCGCUCCUCACUGCAUACCUGACGGAGCACGCUUCCGCGGAGCGGGUACCUUCACCAACACGUUUCAGUUCACUAGAACGCAGUGACGGAGGCAUCGUCAACCCAGCCUUUGACGAGUCUGACGAGAACAUCGACGCAUCGUCACCGGACUGUAAACUUGCUGAUCAACUGAUUGCUCCGGAGCAGAGCAGAGAGGGAGUCGGCUUGAGAGUGUUCCUGAAAUACCUGCAGGCAGCCGGAGGAUACUGUGUGAGCUUCCUGAUCCUGGUCCUCUUCGUGCUGCUGAUGACGAACGCCGCUCUGACCUACUGGUGGAUGAGCUACUGGCUGGAGCAGGGACACGGGACUGCCAACGUCACGUCUUCAGAGCAAGGAGACGUCUCUCUGAACCCAGACCUGCGCUUCUACCAGAAGAUCUCCGGCGUGCUGAUUGUCCUCAUGCUGAUUAUCUGCAUCACCAAAUGUGUCAGCUAUGUCAAGGUCACGCUGCACGCCGCCACCACCAUGCACAACACGCUGCUGAAGAAGAUCAUGGGGAAUCUGAUGAGCUUCUUCGACACAACGCCGUCCGGCCGGAUCCUGAACUGUUUCUCGUCCAGUCAGCUGGAGAUUGACUCUCUGGUGCCUCAUCACCUCAACGUGCUGCUCAUCUACUCCCUGAUGGCCCUCACCAUCUGCAUCAUCAACUCGGUGGUGUUCCCCGUCAUGCUGCUGCCCAUCCUCUUCCUUGUGACGGGCUUCAGCGUCCUGCUCCGGAUGUUCCUCAGAAACAUCAGUGAAUUAAAGAGGAUGGAAAGCAUCAGUCGGUCUCCCUGCAUCUCUCUCUGCACCUCCAUCGUCAAAGGCCUCGGCACCAUCCACGCCUACGACAAGACCCUCACCUACACACACCUGUUUCAGAGCCUCACUGACACACAUGUGAACAACUUCCUGUUGUUUAACUUUGGUCUGCGGUGGCUCUGCACCGUGGUAGACUGCCUGUGUACCGUCGUGGCGCUGGUCAUCUCUCUGAUGGUAGUCUUCAUCUCUAAUAACGUCUGCAGUGCCCCCAUGAGAGCCCUGACCCUCAGCUUCAUCAUACAGCUGACCAAUAACUGUCAGCAUCUGAUCCUGUCCCUGACGGAGUUAAAGGCUCGCUUCAUCUCUGUGGAUCGGCUGCUGGAGUUCACCAUGGGCUCUGAGUCUGAGGCAUCUGGACAGCUUCAGGUGGAUCAGGUCUCAGAGGACUGGCCUCAGCACGGAGCCAUCACCUUCCUGGACUAUAAGAUGAGGUACAGACAGAACUCACCUGUCGUCCUCAACGGGCUGCAGAUCCACAUCAGAGCCGGGGAGAAGAUCGGCAUAGUGGGAAGGACCGGCUCCGGGAAGUCGUCUCUGGCCGUGGCUCUGUACCGGCUGGUGGAACCGGCGGGAGGAAGCAUCCUGAUAGAUGGAGUGGACAUAACGUCCAUCAGCCUGUCCGCCCUGCGCUCCCAGCUGUCCAUCAUCCCCCAGGACCCCGUGCUCUUCACCGGGACAGUCAGGUACAACCUCGACCCAUUCAGCAGACACAGUGACGAAGAGGUCUGGGCCGCGCUGGAGAAGGCCUUCAUGAAGGACGCAAUCAGCAGUCUGGACGGGAAGCUGCAGGCCGUCGUGACGGACAAUGGAGGAAACUUAUCAGUAGGACAAAGACAGCUAAUGUGUCUCAGUAGAGCUCUACUGAGGAACUCUAAGAUCGUCCUGUUGGACGAGGCGACAGCGUCCAUCGAUGCCGGGACGGAUGCUCUGAUCCAGACCACCAUCAGAGAGGCGUUCCAGUCGAGCACGGUGCUGACCAUCGCUCACCGCAUCAACACGGUGCUGCACUCAGACCGCAUCCUGGUGCUGAACCACGGACAGGCUGUGGAGUUCGACCGUCCAGACGUGCUGAAGCUCAGACCGGACUCUCAGUUCUCGUCUCUGCUGGCUGCUUCCAACUCUGUGACGUCCUGAAACUUUGAUUUGUUGUUUUGAUUGUUCUGUACAAUAAAUUAUUUAUUUAAAUAAAUGUUAAAGAAUCUAA